CAACGAGCGUAUCAAUUUUAUUUUUUCUAAUUUCGCCCCCUCAGAAAUUCUCAUCGUCUCCCUUUAUCAUCACUGUCUCCCUUUAUCGCUCGCCCGUGCUUUCAUCAGUUGGUCCGUUCGCAGCUUGCAGAGGAAGUGCUUACCUCAGAGUUCAUUACAAGAUGGAUUGGCAAGGGCAAAGGCUAGCUGAGCAGCUGAUGCAGAUACUGCUACUGGUGUUCGCCGUGGUUGGAUUCGCCGCCGGUUACAUCACUGGGUCUUUCCAGACGAUGGUUCUGACUUAUGCUGGUGGUGUGGUUCUCACCACAUUGGUCACCGUCCCCAAUUGGCCCUUCUUCAAUCGCCACCCGCUCAAGUGGCUGGACCCGAGCGAAGCCGAGAAGCAUCCCAAGCCGCAGCCGCAGCAGCCCGUGAGCUCGAAGAAGAAAGCCUCCAAGAAGUAAGAAGUAGGUCAGUUUUCUUGAGACUGAUCACAGCAAUGAGAUAUUAACAUUGUACUCAAACUUCCAUUACCAGCACUUAUACAAUGACUAGAAGAGAAUUUCAUGGUA